UAGGCAUCAUGUGUGUUCCUCGAGUGUACAACCCACAUUUGAGUGACAAAUGACGAGGACAACCUAUAAAAACAACUAAGCGCAAAUCUGCCCGAAUCCAUCUCCCUCUCUGUGCGAGUGCGUUGUCAACUAACUUUGGGAACUCGUACACCCAGCGUCGCGCCCCGCGCAGCCUCGCCUCCACCUUGCUUUCCCGCGCCCUGCCUGCCUUCUUCGCUACCUCCUCUUCCUCCAGGCUAAGGAUGGAGGAUCCCUUCAGCCCCUCAACUCUGUCGCCGGCACCCAACCUCUCCGUACCCAUCUCGCUGGGCUGGGGUCUCAACCUGACUUCCGGACAGGGAGCCCCCGCCCCGGGGCCGCCGCCGCCGCCGCCGCCGCCCGGGCCGCCCAGCCGCCGCGUCCGCCUGGUCCUCCUGGGGGUCAUCCUGGUGGUGGCGGUGGCCGGCAACGCCACGGUGCUGUGCCGCCUGUGUGGCGGCGGCGGGCCCUGGGCGGGUCCCAAGCGUCGCAAGAUGGACUUCCUGCUGGUGCAGCUGGCCCUGGCCGACCUGUACGCGUGCGGGGGCACCGCGCUGUCGCAGCUGGGCUGGGAGCUGCUGGGCGAGCCGCGCCGGGCCGCGGGCGACCUAGCGUGCCGCUUCCCGCAGCUGCUGCAGGCAUCCGGCCGGGCCGCCUCGGCCCACCUCGUGGCGCGCCGCGACAUCUUCGCGCUCCUGCCGCGCUGGCACCUGCAGGUCUACGUGCUCUACGAGGCCGUCGCGGGCUUCGUGGCGCCGGUCACGGUCAUGGGCGUCGCUGGCAGCCGCCUGCUCUGCGCCUGGUGGCAGCGCCCGCCCCAGGCCCCAUCGGCCGCGGCACCCUGGCCGGCGAGUCCCGGCCGAGCCCCCGCGCCCAGCGCGCUGCCCCGCGCCAAGGUACAGAGUCUGAAGAUGAGCCUGGUGCUGGCGCUGCUGUUCGUGGGUUGCGAGCUGCCCUACUUCGCUGCACGGCUGGCGGCCGCGUGGUUGCCCGGACCGGUGGGAGACUGGGAGGCCGAGGACCUGGCGGUGGCGCUGCGCCUCGUGGGGGUGGCCACCAGCGCUCUCAAUCCCUUCGUCUACCUCUUCUUCCAGGCGGGCGACUGCCAGCUCCGGCGGCGGCUGCGAAGGCGCCUGGGCGCAGUGUGGUGCGCGCGGGAGGGUGUCGCGGAGGACGACGAGGGGGCCCUGGGCCACCAAGCGCUCCACCGCUACCGCUGGCCCCACCCCCAUUAUCACCACGCUCGGCGGGAGCAGCCAGAGCACGGCUGCUUGCGCCCACCCCCGCCGCGCCCCCGGCCGCCGCCCUGCUCCUGCGAAAGCGCCUUCUAGGUGCUCGAUGGCCAGAGACAGGUCACCAGCCGCUGUGGCACAGCCUUCACGGAACACGAGGCCGGCCCGGGUCUAUCCAGAUCAUAACAGGCAGGAGGGUCUCCGAGAGAGCGACCCUGAAGCUGUCCCCUUCCU